AAUCUUAGCACCCUUAGAAUCUCAGCACAUAGUGUUUAAUGUGUAUUCGGUCAGGAACAGAAAUCCAUUGUACACUAGGGAGGAUUGUGGUGACAGUUGUAGGUGUUUGUCCCACAAUCGGAGGGUUUCCAGUUCUCCAUCUCUGCUGAGUGGGCCCAGGUGGGCAAGAGCCCCACCUGGUGGGGGUCACAGGGCUUGGUGGCACCAGUGCAUAGGAGCAACCAUUGGUUUACCACCAUCAGAAAGGGAAUGUGUGUGAAUGACUAAAUGCAGCGUCAAGUAUUUUGGGGUCCUAUAGACUUCGUAAAUGGUACAGGCCGCUUACCAUUUACUCUGGAUCUGAAAAUUGAGAAAAUGCUAAAAACCUCAGCGGGGUAUGAAUAUUUUUCUCAAAGCUCUACUGACUGUGUAUUCUAACCAUGGAUCACUUAACCUUGCUCUCAUAGCAAGCUCCAGACUACCGGCUGUAUAAGAGCGAGCCUGAGCUCACAACUGUGAAGGAGGAAGGAGACGAGGCCAACGGUGAUGAUAAGGACAAGAAUGAGACGUCUACUGAAAGUAAAGCCACCCCACCAUCCAAAGUGCCCCCCUACCCAGUGGGCAUUGUUGCUCCGAGGACUAAAUCUCCCAUGAGCCCCCCUGAGUCUUCAACUAUCGCCUCCUACGUCACUCUGAGGAAAACCAAAAAACCUGAAUCUAGAUGUGAUCGUCCAAGGAGUGCAGUGGAUCAGAUGGGAUUUGGGGAGCGAGAUUUCAUCAGAACAAGGAUGAGUGUUGAGGAGCAGCUGGAGAGGAUGAGGAGAAACCAGGAGGCAUCUUCACUCCGGGAGAAGAGAAGAGAAACACUGUCACGCUCAUCUUCUUUCAACAAAGACAACCCUCUCCUCCACUUGCAGCGUCGGGCACAGACAGAAGUGGCCUGUCUGAACUCUGUGGAGCUUGAGACAGCAUUGCUGCAACUAAAGGUUGCUCAGAAGGAACAGACACCAGGAGCACCGAUCUCACCACAGCUGUGUGAGAGCCAGAGGGUGAUCAUUGUGGACCUCGGCACAGAUCCAAAGCGUGUGGAGAUCGUAAACUUUCAACACUUUGAGGAUGAUGAGAGCAAAGGUCAAGAUCUGACCAGCUCUCCUGCAAACAUCUUAACUGAAAACAGUUUUCAGCCAUCAACCUCUGAGCCUAAGGAACAGGAAACAGAGGAGAGCCUUACUCCAAGCCAGGAGGAGCAUCUUGAUUCAUGCAAACAGUUGACUGGAGACAGCAAGACGCACAACAUCAACAGCAACAUGUUGUCUGUGCAGACGUUUACCUUGGUUAGCAGCGACACGUGAGCAUGGUCAGCUUCAGUGUCCAAAACAACAUCCCAUAAAGCCCAAAUGUAGCCAACCAGCACAGAGCAUGUUUCCACGGCUUUCUGCGUUCCUGACAGAACCACUUAGAGACUACAGCUACAUGCCUGCACAGAGAUCAACACUCGGUAGUAGCAAUCAAUGGCUGGUGGGAAGUCUUUGAAUCCUGACACAAAGAGAGCUUAUUAAUCGUUAGUACCUUUAGAUAUUUUUCAAACUGAGAAGCUCCUUUUAUUCCCUAAACAUGUUUGCAUAAAAAAGAUUGUGAACUGGUUAUAGAUUAUGUUUUUACCAAUAGGCAAACCCUGAGAUGGAUCAAAAGGGGAAAAAAGUCUCAUUUCAGUGACUCAAUUCAGUAAAUAAAACAUAUAUCAA